GCUCAGUUCAUAAUCAACACUUGAUUACAUAAAUCGCAUUUGCAGUCGUGUCAUUCGUUAUCGUUACCGUUACUUUUUAUAGGUGUAGUGUCACCUUAUAAAAUUAAAAAUAAAUUGUUGACAUUUUGUCAAUUUGAUAUUGACACUGACGUAAAAAGUCUCCUGUGUUUUGGUAAUUUUUUCAGCUCAUCACUUCAUCAAUUUCUUAUUGAUUUAUUUUAUUUAAAGCGUUACCUUAUUAGUAAUGUAUGUAUCAAGAUGAAGAUAUGUAAUACUUUGAGUUAAUCGUAGAAUACGAGAGCUAUGAGCAUUCUAGUUUCCGUUGAGAUUAAAUAAAUAGGUAUUUCAGUCGCUGUUGUGAUCGCGAAUUUUGCGAAGUUUUCAAGAAAAUGGGCAAUACAAGUAAGAAAUUGGCAGAGAAAUGCACAAUCCUGACGAAGGAUGAGCAGAAGAUGCUCGCGGUGACAUUCAGGCCGGUGAGCCGGAACUCGCCGAGGGUCCGCGAGGACGACCUGGUCGUGAGUGGCACACUUGACGCACUGUUGUUAGAAAAAGUGUGGGGUCCUCAGAUUGACCCACGGCUGGCGCAGUACCUCAGCAACUUUCUCUUCGGCUUCGGACCCAACAAGUCCGAGACCUGCGACUUCAACAGAUUCGCCGAACUGUACGUGUUUAAUGUAAGAGGUAAUCCUGAUGAACGGAUGACCGCCAUAUACAACUGCUUAGGAAAACAAUUUGAUGAUAGCGAAGUAGAGUAUCAACUAGUUAAAGAGUACUGUGAGAGCAUAGCGUCUACGUAUAUAAAGAUGUUGAAGUCCAACUCUCAAGGCGUCGCCUCGCAGUGGGUGCAAAAAGGCUUUCAGGGAAAAGCUAGACAUGUGCAGGCGCUGGGCGAGGCGGUGGCGGCGGGCAUCUCGGACUGCGACCCGCCGCCCGCCACCGUCACCAGCUCGCACAUGAGCAAGUGGUUAUCAUACGAGACGCUACUGCGCGAGCUGUCUCAGCUGGUGUUCUCCACGCUGUACGGCACCAGCAAGCAGGUGGCGCCGAGCUGCCUGCCCGCGCCUGAUGGCCUCUCAGCCAUGCCGGACUACCCCGCGUUCAUAGACCUGUCGCACAUCGUGUGGGUGAACGCCCACCUGCCGCGCCCGCUGCAGCACAAGUGGCGGUUCCUGUUCUCAUCUCAUAUCCACGGGGAGUCCUUCUCCACGCUGGCCGGCCGCAUAAUCGACCAGGGCCCGUCCAUUAUAAUAAUAGAGGACAAAUCGGGCUACAUAUUCGGCGGGUACGCAGCACAAGCCUGGAAUAUCAACCCUAACUUCUACGGCAAAGAGGAGAGUUUCCUGUUCACUCUGGCUCCGAAGAUGCGAGUGUAUAAUUCGUCGGGCUUCAACAAUCAUUAUCAGUAUAUUAAUAACUUUACGAAGACGCUGCCUAAUGGGAUCAUAAUGGGCGGUCAGUUCGAGUUCGGCGCGAUCUGGCUGCCGGCGGACCCGUUCGGCGAGGGCUCCUCCGCGGAGUCGUGCACCACGUACCGCGGCUACCGGAGACUCAGCAAGGAGAGGGACUUCAAGAUCAAGAGCCUGGAGGUUUGGGGCGUUGGGGAUAAGCCUGUUAGCCUCAAAGAUGACGAGGAGGGCGGCGAGGGCGACGGCAGCAUCCUGGACAAGAACCCCGAGGCGAAGGCGAUCCUCGAUCUCGCGGGCAAGACCCGGCACAGCGACGGCAUCCGCGAACCCGUGGACUAGGCGCCUUAGCCGACACUAAUG